AUGGACCUUUCGAAAGCGGUCGAUCGUGCCUUCACCCAAUCCCUCCCCAAGAUCGAGCUCCAUGCCCACCUCAGCGGCAGUAUCAGCCGCCAAUGUCUCCAUGAGAUCUGGCUCAAGAAGAAGGCCCAAGACCCUGACUUCAACAUAGAAGAUCCAUGGAUAACCAUGCCGCCUGGGAAGGUAGAUUAUUCCCUGCAAACAUUUUUCCACUCCUUCAACAAAUCAAUCUACAAUCUGGUCAAUGAUCUUGCCAGCCUCACCUACGCCACCCAUUCCGUGCUAACCGACUUUCAAAACGACGGCGUAACUUACCUUGAACUCCGCACCAUUCCCCGUGCAUCCCCCUCCUCCUCCUUCACCCGGGAGGAAUACCUUACUACCGUUCUUGAUGCAAUCUCGGAUUUUCAGGCCAACCAAUCCCCCACUUCCCCGAAGAUGUCUGUAUAUCUGAUUCUAGCUUUGGACAGGGGCCAUCACACUACUGCUGAGGCCCUGGAAAUUGUAGACUUGGCACUAGCCCACCGCGCCCGCGGUAUCGUGGGCAUUGAUGUCUGCGGCAACCCAACCAAGGGUGAUGUUUCAGUGCUACGGGAGGCGUUUGCGAAAGCCAAAGCUAACGGACUAGGCGUGACUGUGCAUUUCGCCGAAAUGAGGGAGGCGGCAACGCCUGGAGAAUUGGAGACACUCUUGGAGUUUCAGCCGGACCGGCUGGGCCAUGUGAUUCAUGUGCCUGAAGAGCUGAAACGGGAGAUUGCAAGGAGGCAAUUGGGACUUGAAUUGUGCAUGUCGUGUAAUGUGCACGCAAAGAUGUUUGAUGGUGGCUUUUUGGAUCAUCAUUUCGGGUAUUGGAGACAUCAGAAUUGCCCGAUUGUGCUUUGCACCGACGAUGUAGGGUUUUUCUGCAGUCCCGUAUCGAAUGAGUAUCUGUUAGCUGCAGAGCACUUUCAACUCACGCGGACCGAUGUGCUGGGCAUCUGCAGAAAAUCCUACGAUGCUAUCUUCGGAGGCGAAAAGGAGAAAGACCGUCUUCGACGUCUACUAUCUGACUUCGAGGCACAUUACAGCACAUAG